UUUCCUCUUGAUGUCAAGCUCAAAACUUGGAAUCCCAUUUACUCCUAUGCUGUACUUUUUUAUAUCUUGUGUCCCCUUAAUCCUUCUCUCUGAGUUCUUUACUCACAAGGCACUGCAAUUAUGUGAGGGUGUUCUGAAACUUCUGUCAAUCUGGUUCUGUGGGAAGUUUUCCAGAUUUCUUCUAUCCUGGUUUGGCAAAAGCAGGACUAUUUUUUCUUCAAAUUUUCUCCAAGUCCCCAAGAUUAACCUUUCAUUGCAAAAGAUGACUUUUUGUUCAAGACUAGUUGAGAAUGUGGAGGAGAAAGAGUUGAUGAUUUCCCUUCUGGAUUUGCCUGAAUUGACAUUGGAAUGCAUUUUCGAGCGGCUUUCCCCGGCGGGUUUGUGCAGCAUGGCCGGGGUUUGCUCUUCUUUGAGGGAAAGGUGCAUUAGUGACCGUUUGUGGGAGAGUCAUUUGAAGCAGAAAUGGGGUAAAGUGAUUGGUGAUAGGGCUUACCGAGAAUGGCAAUGUCAUGUGGCCUCAAGGAAUGGAUCGAAUCUCGCAUAUCGGAAAACGAAAAAGGGAUUGUUCGAGUCUCUUCUUAGUGCACAGCCCUUUUCAUGGAUUAGGCCAAAAAUAGAAAAGAAUAGCAAGGUGAGGACUAAUUUGCCAGUUGAUUCAGUCAUGGCUUGGUAUCUUUCUCUUGAGAGUGGCAAGUUCUGGUUCCCGGCUCAGGUCUACAAUCGAGAGAAUGGUCACAUAGGAUUUAUGCUGUCGUGUUAUGAUGCUCAGCUUAGCUAUGAUUCGCGGACUGACACCUUUCAGGCAAGGUAUUCUCCUCACGGCCGGAGGACAGCAGAGGAAAAUAUAGGGUGGGAUAGGCUACGAGCGCCGCCGAUCGACACUCCUCCGUUUAUGCUACAUGCUUCUGAUUGCUUACAUGACUUAAAACCCGGGGACCAUAUCGAGAUCCAGUGGAGAAGAAACAAGGAAUGCCCUUAUGGUUGGUGGUAUGGUCUUGUUGGUCACUUGGAGCCCUGUGAUGGAAAUGAGAAUCACUGCCGUUGUUAUUACAGUGAUACAAUAGUGCUCGAGUUCAACCAAUACAAUCCUGGCUCCCGAUGGAGACGGACGACGAUAAAUAGGAAGGACCACCGCGAGGAAGGGAACGAAGCGAACGGGUUCUACGGCGGAAUUAGAAAGCUUUACAACGACGAGGAGGUUGUGAGGUGGAGGCGCUUUUGGCCUAAUCAAGCCUUGGAACAGUAAAGGUCGAUGAAAUUCCGUGAGUGAGUGCACUAGUUUUUUGCUCUUUGGUAGCAAAUGAAGAGUUUGUACCUUGUAGAGACAUUCUAAGGGAAGCCACUAUUAGAA